AUAUGGAUCUAUAUUUCCAUUGCCCCACCCCCACCCCGAAAUGAAAAUAUUAAGGACAAAAGUGAAAGAUUUCCGGUAUGUCCCACUGGGGUUUUCUUUGGGGUAUGACUGACCCACAAUGUCCAAAUAAAGCAGCGGUAGGCCACCCAUAGAAGACCAUGAGUUAGCCAACAUAAAUGGACCAUCAACAAACUCCUCUCGCGCCACCCACUCCGCGCCACCAGGACGACGCCGACCAAGAAGACGAAAAUGUGAAGCAGCUCAACGAGUGCUCUUCUCUCUACUUAUCUUUACAGGACUGUCUGAUCAAUAAUGACCGGAAUUGGAAGUCUUGUCAGAAGGAAGUUCAGGCUCUCAAGGCUUGCAAUGAAAGAAGACAGAAGGACAAGAAGAGUUGAGAAGUUGGUCUUCAUCACUUUCACUAAAGCAGUUUUCUGAAGGUGGCGGCUUGCUUACAGUUACUUCCUCUGCUAUUUUUCCCCAAUGGGGAUCUAAGAAAGAUCCCAUAGUGGUGGUUGGUUAUUGUUUAAUUGUUGCUGGAGUUGAUAGACUUUGACACGAGUAUGACUUUAAAGUACAAGACGUAUCAAUUUUCUUUUUGUAUUC